CAUGCAACGGCUCGGCCUCAUCUACUGCAAAAAGGGGAACUCGUCGUGUUGGACUCUCAGAGGACACGGACUCAAAUUUGAUGAUUUAAAAACACGCGUUCUUUUACGAAGUCCAAAGUUUAUCUCCUCCUCACAAGAGACGACCUAACGAAGGUAUCUCGGCAUUCACCUCCCGCUUCGUUAGGUCGUGUAUCCAGCCGCACGCCGUCCCGUGCCACCAAGGGGCUGAGUCCGUUAAAGGCCAUCACUGAUGGUCAGCAAUCUCAUCCAAUCUCACCCGGCAUCUGAGAGAUCCGCCUCACGUAAAGCCUCCACUGAGAAUUAGGAUCCAAUGCCGUCAAGUUGCCAGGUGUACAAUAUGACCUCGUGUUGUUAUCAUAGUCUCUGGGUCCGGCAUCACCGAUGCAACAUGACAGAGAUGAGAGACACUCGGAGUGAAAUCAGACAAAUUGAAUGACGCUGUUCUUCAGCCCGAGUUCAAGGCCGCCCACUAGGCCGCUGCAUCGUCAGCCCUGGGAGCAUAGGGCUGAAGCUUGCCAAGUGGGACUGUCACUGAACUCUCAGACUGCGACAUUAUGGUGUACGGUAUUGUUUCUGAUGUCUUUGGCAAUUCUCCUCGCUCGUUUGAUCAUUGUGAAGGCAUUAGAAAAGUUCAGCAAGCUUGUGAUUACACCAUCUCGUAACAAAUGGCCCAGAGAAAAGUUCGCCGAGUUUCCUUCUUUUCUUGCUUCGAGACCAGCAUUCAUGGGUGUUUAUCUGAAACCGACCUCAUGGAUUCUGAGACACAACCUGUGGGAUCGACAUAGAAUAACCUACCCUCCAACUUAAUCGAACCGUCUUGCUGGGAUUCAUUCAGCCAAUAAUCAUCAACUUUGUUGAAGUGUCAAUAAAUAUUCUAAUCUACCUAUCCGUAGUCCCUCUAAUAUGUAACCUACCUCGUUUC